AUGCAAACGCUAGGGCUCGAAAACGCGACAACAAUAUACAGAAGACAGUCGUCGGCGAGAAUUGGUGAUAAAGAGUACGCGGAGAUCUCGCUCGAUACCAACAGCUUGAAGCCAUGCGAGGAUCCAGGGAAGUCACUCCUGAGACAAGGCCAUUCGAGGAAGAAUAGUACUAUCUCGGUUCUGAAACGCCUAGCGUCAUCACUUCCUAGCGAACUGAGACGUGUUGCUUCUUCCGGUUCCUUGACGCCGCCGGAGACAAAACCACCGCGUAGGCGGCUAAAAUCUAGCACAGAGCUAGCGCUCAAGGGUCUCAAGUUCAUUACAAAGGUUGAUGGCGUCGCUGGUUGGCCUCGUGUUGAGGAAGUUUUUGAUAAGAUAACCGAGACGACCAGCGGUUUAUUGGACCGUUCCAACUUCGGUGACUGUAUAGGUAUCAAGUCACGGGAGUUUGCAAAGGCAUUGUUCGGUGCCUUAGCAAGGAGACAAAACAUAGGCGGAGAUAAAAUAAGCAAAGAUCAGCUGAAACUAUUCUGGGAGCAGAUCAAUCAUCAGGACUUUGAUUCGAGGCUACAAAUUUUCUUCGACAUGGCUGAUAGGGAUUUGGAUGGGAGGUUGAAUGAAGAGGAAGUAAAAGAGAUUAUAGCUCUAAGUGCAUCUGCCAACAACCUGGAAAAGUUUAGUGAACAAGCAGAUGAAUUUGCAGCUUUGAUUAUGGAAACACUAGAUCCCUAUUAUUGUGGGUACAUCAUGGUAUAUGAUCUCAAGGUACUGCUGUUGCAAGGGCCAGCUGAGGCUGGCAAAGAAGACAAUGGUACGGAAGUGAGCAAUUUGUUAGCUCAGCAGCUCGCAGUAUUGCAGAGUAGGAAUCGUGGGAAGCGUUUGUACGAUGGUAUUAAGUAUUUUGUGUUGGAUCAUUGGAAGAGAGUGUGGGUGAUGGCUCUAUGGAUUGCUGUUAUGGCCGGGCUGUUCAUGUGGAAGUCCAUGGAGUAUCGAAAUAGAACCGCUUACCAAGUUAUGGGAACUUGUGUUUGUAUAGCUAAAGGAGCUGGAGAGACCCUUAAACUGAACAUGGCUAUUGUUUUGCUACCAGUAUGUAGGAACACCAUCACUUGGCUCCGGACCAAAACCAAGUUAGGUGUUGUUGUUCCUUUUGAUGACAACCUCAACUUCCACAAGGUCAUUGCAAUAGCAAUCUCAAUUGGAGUCGUAAUCCAUGCCACAGCUCACUUAGCUUGUGAUUUCCCUCGGCUGAUAGCUGCAGAUGAAGAGACGUAUAAGCCAAUGGAGCAGUAUUUUGGGGUACAGCCAAAAAGUUAUGUAGAAUUUUUGAAGUCAGUGGAAGUAGUUACCGGGACUAGCAUGGUUAUAUUAAUGACGAUAACCUUCACCUUGGCUACAUCAUUGUUCAGAAGAAAUAAGUUGGAGUCUCUUCCUAAACCAUUGAAGAAAAUAACCGGCUUCAAUGCCUUCUGGUACACUCACCAUUUGUUUGUUAUCGUCUACACACUUCUAGUUGUUCAUGGAUACUAUGUCUACCUCAUCAAGACAUGGUACAGGAAGACGACAUGGAUGUACUUAAUGGUACCGGUGAUUCUUUACCUGUCUGAAAGGCUGGUUCGUUCUCUCAGGUCAAGAAUCGAGUCUGUUAAGUUACUAAAGGUUGCUCUGUUACCAGGGAAUGUCUUAUCGCUUCAUAUGUCAAGACCAGACAACUUCAGAUACAAAAGUGGACAAUACAUGUAUCUCAAAUGCUCUGAAGUGUCUUCAUUACAAUGGCAUCCAUUCUCAAUUACAUCGGCUCCAGGAGAUGAUUACCUCAGUGUUCACAUCAGGGGUCUAGGAGACUGGACUAGAAGGUUACGAGAAAUAUUCGAAGAGGUGUGUGCCACGCCCACCCCUGUUAAAGCGGGACUGAUUAGAGCCAACUUUAGGAAUGAGGAUAUCCGUAGCUUACCAAAACUCCUAAUCCACGGUCCAUAUGGAGCACCAUCACAAGACUUCAAGAACUUCGAAGUUGUUCUGCUGGUGGGUCUCGGAAUCGGAGCUACUCCUAUGAUCAGCAUUAUCAAGGAUAUAAUCAAUAACUUGAAAGUCACUACUGGAGAUGAAGAAGAAGGAAGAGGCAGUAACCGGAUCACACCUCCUUCCAUUUCUCCUGCAAGCAAAAGCGAGGUGUUCAAAACCAAGAAAGCUUACUUCUACUGGAGCACAAAAGAGCAAGAAACUUUUGACUGGUUCAGGAACGUGUUGGACGACGUGGCCGAGGCAGAUGAUAACAACGUUAUUGAACUGCAUAAUUACUGCACCAGCAUCCACGAGGAGGGAGACGCGAGGUCCGCACUGAUCACGAUGCUCCAGUCACUGUACCACGCCAAGCACGGAAGGGACCCUGUGUCAGGAACACGUGUCAUGUCCCAUUUCGCUAGGCCAAAAUGGAGGAGCAUUUACAAAAGGAUCGCUGUGAAGAAUCCCAAUACCAGAGUCGGAGUAUUUUACUGUGGAACACCUGGAGCAGUGAAAGAGCAACAAGACUUAGCAAAGGAGUUCUCGCAAACCUCCACCAAAUUCUGUUUCCAUAAAGAAAAUUUCUAG